UUCUUGUUUUUUUGUUAUCAGCAAGCGAAAAAACAAGGCCUUCUUGUUUUUGUACUUGUUUUGACCUCUCUAGUUUAAAUUAGAUGCACCCAAGAAAAUACGAUCAUCAUAAAAUCGACCCUUGCUAAUCUUGAUACUUGAUCUCUCUCUCUCAAAAAAAUAAAAAUGUCUCAGGGUCAUGAUCACGAUAGCAUGGAUCCUGGAUCCAUGUCUGAUAGUGGCAUGCAUAUGAGCCCAUCAGACAUGAUGAUGCAUAUGAGUUUCUACUGGGGAAAAGAUGCUAUAAUCCUGUUCUCUGGAUGGCCAAACGGCAGCCUCGGUAUGUACGUAUUGGCUUUCUUCUGUGUGUUCUUGUUGGCUGCUGCUAUCGAGAUCUUUUCGGUCUCCCCAACAGCUAAAAUAGGCACUCACAAUCCCAUAGUGGGUGCGCUUAUUCAAACCUGUGUUUAUGCUGUUCGUAUGGGUUUUGCUUACAUGGUCAUGCUUGCUGUCAUGUCUUUCAAUCUUGGAAUAUUCAUUGCAGCCGUGGCUGGUCACACCGUUGGGUUCUUCCUAGUGAAGGUUCGUGCUCUUGCUAUUGCCUACAAAAACGAAACCGCUCCCAAAGUUUGAUGAUGAUUCAGUAUGCAUUUCACUGACCAUGUAUUUUCUCUUCUGUUUCCUCUGUCUGGCAUGUUUGAUCAAGCAUCUUUAUGCGUGUGCUUUGUUUUCUUCGCCCUCUUUUGUGGUUCAAGCUGCAGGAAUUAAUAUAAAGUGUGCCGUUAAACUUCUGUUUAUAUAA